AUGGCUAUAACGAUCAGACGCGCAACGAUUGAGGACCUGCUGUGUAUGCAGAAUGCUAACUUGAACAAUCUGCCCGAAAACUAUCUUUACAAAUACUACAUGUACCACAUUUUAUCCUGGCCAGAAGCGUCUUUUGUCGCAACUACCACUGCUGUGGGAAACGAACUAGGGACUGAACUGGACGAGUUUGAAGAGAUUACACAGAAUGAAACUAAGCUCUCGGUAAAACUGGAUCCAUGCUACGUGCGGCCCGGUGAAAAACUAGUUGGAUACGUGCUUGCGAAAAUGAACGACGAUCCGUCGCAACAACAGGAAGAGGCCAAUGGCCACAUCACGUCCUUGAGCGUCAUGCGCACUUACAGACGCAUGGGGAUUGCUGAAAAGCUUAUGAGACAGGCGCUCUUCGCACUGUGCGAAGUGUACCAGGCGAAAUACGUGUCCUUGCACGUGAGACAGUCGAACCGGGCCGCUUUGCAUCUUUACAGAGACACACUGGAAUUCGAAGUGCUCAACGUAGAGAAAAGCUAUUACCAGGACGGAGAAGACGCGUACGCCAUGAGGAAACAACUUGUGCUCUCAGAGCUGGAGCCACACAAGUUCCAGCACGGAGAGCUAGAGGACGAUCUCGAAAGCGAUUUGCUUGAGAGUCUGCUGCAUGAAGGUGUUGACCAGAUCACGGUCUAG